AAUGAAGCAGGCUGGCAACAAUUUAUCGCGAAUGUGUCAUGUGUGGGAAGUUGCGAAGUUGGAAUCCCCAGAUUUUAGGGCCAUUCAUCAAAAUGUGCUAAUAUCAUAAUCUGUGCCGAUAGCAUUAGUGUUUUCAGCCUUCCAGUGUUCUAUUAGCAUUUCAUUAGACCAAACGAAGGUAUAAAAUUAUGAACAACGAUAUACACGCCCAGGAACAGGAUGCUCUCGCCGUAGACAAAGAUAGGUACGAAUUUUAUGUAUCACUUAACGACAGUCGGAAAAAAACGAAAGCUAAGAAGGAUCUAUCAUCGCGGAACUCAAACCGAUCGCUGGAAGGCGAUCUCAAGGCCAUGUCUAUGGCAAGUCUUUACGAUGGCGAAGGAGAAGAAACGACUGAGAUGAAUACAAUCAAACCGGAUGACAGUAAAUCUGUCAGCUCAACCACGAAUCUCCAGGAAGACAUGGAAGCGCGCGUUGAUGUGAGAAGCAUGACCCAGAACGAAACUGAGCCGGUCUCGGUUUCCGUUGAAGAACACAUCGAGGAAAAUGCAUGCCCGUGCAAUCCGUAUGGUGAAAGCAGUUCGGUAAAUAAUUCCCUCUAUUUUACCGAUGGCGUUCGUUCGGUAGACUUUGUACUAGCAUGGAAGGACCCAACGGAUGAACAGGCACACCUGGAAGAAGCCAAGCAACUUAAAAGAGAUACAUUUGAGAACAAUCUGCUGUUGGAUGGCUUAGAACUGGAAAGGGAAACAAUCGAAAAUGAAAUUCACUUCAUCAAAAUUCAUGCCCCCCUCGAGGUACUGAGAAGAUAUGCCGAAAUUUUGAAACUUCGAAUGCCCAUGAAAGAGUCCUUAUGCAUGGUGAGAAAUUCUGGUAGACUUAGUAGAUUGGAGAGUGCAGCGCAGUUCAUUUCGCAUAAGAUUCCGGGAAUGGCUGGAGUCAAAUCACGCACCACAUCAUUCGUGUCUCGCUUGAAAGGUUUUAGCGGAAAAGUAGCACGACGAAUUUUGAUCGAAGAGAAAUAUUUCCCACCUCGAUCUCACCGAUUCACGGCUGUCUACAGUAGGGAUAAGGAAUAUUUAUUCGACCUUAAGCAAGCAUGUUUUUUCACGGCGGCAGUUCGAUCGCGAAUUGUGCAGUUUAUUCUGGAUCGCAAGCGCUUUUCCACCGAUUCGAGAAAUGACUAUGCCUUUGGUGUUGAACGAUUGAUUCAAGAAGAAGUUUACAUUGCUGCCUAUCCGUUACACGAUGGAGAAAUCAAUGUUCCUGGAAGCAUGCGUCAUUUGUUGUAUAAUAAAUGGGCAGCGGUUUCAAAGUGGUACCGAUAUCAACCAUUAGAUUACAUCAAAGAAUAUUUUGGUGUCAAAAUUGGACUUUAUUUCGCAUGGCUCGGCUAUUACACAUACAUGCUACUGAUGGCAUCAAUCGUAGGAAUAAUAUGUUUUAUUUAUUCAUGGAAAACAUUAAAAUACCACACGCCAAGCGAAGAAAUUUGUUCCAAAGAUAACGACAUAAAAAUGUGUCCCUUAUGUGAUCAUUGGUGUGAUUAUUGGCAACUGAACGAAACAUGUCUACAUGCCCGAGUAACGUACUUAUUCGACAACCCAACAACGGUGCUAUUUGCUAUAUUUAUGUCUUUUUGGGCAACACUUUUUCUCGAACUUUGGAAACGUUACUCUGCCGAAAUUACCCAUCGCUGGGAUCUGACCGGAUUCGAUGUACACGAGGAGCACCCAAGGCCGCAAUACCUGGCAAGGCUAGCUCACGUGCAGCGUAAAAAAGUGAACGCAAUUACCAACACCGAAGAACCUCAGGUUCCGUUCUGGCGUAUGAAGCUACCGGCAACGAUACUUAGUUUCUCCAUAAUUUUAUUACUGGUAUCUCUGGCCAUAGUUGCUGUGCUGGCCGUGGUGCUCUACAGGAUGUCUGUCCUAGCCGCCUUAAGCGUUUAUGGUGAUGAUGUUACUACCUCAGUGGCCAUUCUAUUCACAACAGCAACUGCGGCCACCAUUAAUUUAAGUUUGAUUGUCGUCUUCAAUUGGAUGUAUACGUACUUGGCGGAAUGGCUGACCGAGCGAGAAUUGCUGAGAACACAGACUGAAUUCGAUGACUCGCUUACGUUGAAGAUCUAUUUGCUACAAUUUGUCAACUACUAUGCAUCCAUUUUCUACAUCGCAUUUUUUAAGGGAAAGUUUAUUGGCUAUCCAGGCAAUUACAAUCGAUUCUUCAAUUUCAGGCAGGAAGAGUGUGGAUUUGGUGGCUGUUUAAUGGAACUGUGCAUUCAGUUAGGCAUAAUAAUGAUAGGCAAACAAACCGUUAAUACUGUUCUUGAAAUGGCCCUUCCCAUUUUCUAUCGCUGGCUGAACUCGCUGAAGGUGCGAAUCGGCAAGCAACGAAAUCAGUCACUCAAAAGUAAAGGACAGCGGUUUGUGAAGGAUUUGAAACUUGUGGAAUGGGGCUCGAGAGGUCUUUUUCCAGAAUACCUUGAAAUGGUACUGCAGUAUGGAUUUGUGACAAUUUUUGUUGCGGCAUUUCCACUCGCUCCGGUAUUUGCAUUGCUGAACAAUAUUCUCGAGAUGAGAUUAGACGCGAAAAAGUUGCUCACUUUUUAUCGGCGACCGGUAUCUCAAAGAGUGAGAGAUAUCGGAAUAUGGUAUCGCAUUUUAGACAGUAUUGGAAAACUGAGCGUUAUAACCAACGGCUUCAUAAUAGCAUUUACUUCGGACUUCAUUCCGAAGCUGAUCUAUCGAUUGACCGUAUCGCCCGAUGGCACGCUGAGUGGGUAUCUGAACUUUACCCUAGCCUAUUUCGAUACGCGGGAUUUUCAAGAUGGCAGCCAACCGCACCAGUCUCAGUACAACGUGACCGUUUGUCGGUAUCCGGAUUUCCGAGCGCCACCCGGAUCACCUAAUCCAUACGAAAAGACAACCAUGUACUGGCUGAUCAUGGCGGCGCGCUUGGCGUUCGUCGUUAUCUUCGAAAACAUUGUUGCCGUUGUGAUGAUUUUGGUGCGUUGGUGCAUACCGGACAUGUCGCAGGAAUUGCGUGACCAAAUCCGCCGAGAGGCCUACAUCACCAACGAGAUUAUCAUCAAGCAAGAAACUUUGCGGGCACGAAUAGAUCGAGAAGCAGAAACACAACCAGACGGAGUCCGGUCAAGAAAACCGCAAACCAACAACGUCAAUGAAAACUUCAUACAGUUGGAACGGUUUUUGUCGUCCAAUUUAACCAGCUCUCAGUUGGAUCUUUUUAUCCACAAUGAAAGGAAUUGAAGGAAUGACAAUCGCCAAUAUUCGUUUUGUGAUAUAAAUUAACAAACAAUACUUAGUAACGAACAAAUCUUCCCCUAAGCUCCAAAUAGUUAUCGAUAGUUAGUUAAAUUUUCAAUUUUGUUUCAACUGUCGCUAGUUGUUACUUUUAAUGACAAAAAAUCUUGCCUUUAUUUAUGGAGCAUUUUAAGAGCAGCAGAACUUUAUCACUCAUAAUAAGAAAAAAAAAAGCGUAUAUCACUCAUAAUUUAAAAAAAAAACAUGUUUGUAACGUAUAUUCUGGAAAAUCAUGAAGAAAACUGUGUUGUUUCCUUAAAUCUUGAUGUUGAUAACUUCACUACGUUAUUAUAUAAUCAUUUUGAUUAACCAGUGUUUCUUGAUAAACAUAUACUUGAAAAUUAAUGUGUGUGUUUCUUGAUAAAACACAUCUCGAAAAGUAGAUAAAAUAUAUUAAAAAAUGAUUUUUUUUCUUAAUACUUAUAAGACUGAUGUUUCGGAAACCAUUUUGUCACCUUAACAUCCAGAUUUAGAAGAUUUGUUUGCAUUAUUUUCUAAAGAACAUUGCAGUCUAGUCAAGGACAAGUUGGAUAUAGAUUUCUAUUGUAGACAUUGUACAUUGUACAACGUCAUUAUACGGCUAAAUAUUUGGAAUUUAAAUCUUCAUUUUUGGGUUAAAAAUAUUUAAAUUCAUAAGUACCUAGGCUUCAAUUUAAAAUUAAAACAAUUUCCAUACUUUUACGUAAUGUUGCACUUUCGUUCCAAGCAAGAUUGUCUCAUGUGAAAAGAAACGUGCUGUCGAGAAAAAUGCGAUUGAAAUUUGAAUAAUGUUUUCAGUUUUUCGUUUGAAUUAAGGUACCAUCAAGUCACCAUUCACCGCCCAGACACCAUUUACCGCCCAAAAUCACCCUUUUGUGUGUAUUACGAAAAAACUGGAAUUUUUUCUCCAAAAAUAAGACCUGUGUUCUGUGUCGGCAUCUUUGUUCGACCAUUUCAUUGAAAAAUCAUCACUUAAUUAUGCUAACUAUAGCCAGAAAUAAAAUAUUUGGUUUUUCGUUUCCGGUCAAAUUAUUGAAUUCGACGCCUGUUAGCGAACUAAGCAUAACUGUGCUCCUAGGGAAAAAAGGGGUUUUGUUUACUAAAUAGUACCUAUUUGUCCUACAAUCGACUUGAAGCAAUAGUUUGAUUUUUGUAGAAUAGAUUUGCAUCGGAAAAUUUUCGAUUUUUUCAAUAGUUGUUGUUUUUUGAAGCCUUUAGCGAUGGGCGGUAAUUGGUGUAUAAAUAAAAGUGUGGGUUCCUAAUUACCGGUCACGCACAAUUUCUUUUUUUUUUUUUUUAAAUUUUUUAUUGGCUUUACCUCUAUAACAUAACCGGCCAAGUGUUGAUUACUGUUCUACUUACAUGUCUAUUUCACAUUCAAUUACAAAAUUAGCUAUCGUUUUAUAUAAUUCAAUGUCUUUCUUUUUUAGUAUCAAAUGAAUAUCGGGUGGAAUUCCUUUUUUCAUUAAAAUUCGCCAAAUAGGUCUACGAAGAUUUUCAAAUCUGCUGCAUGCGAAGAUAAUGUGAUCAGGAUCUGCGAUGGAUUCGCCACAACUACACGUAGCAUCCAAUAGGAUACCAUUCCUAGUGAGAUGAGCAGGGAGUCGUGAAUGAUUUGAUAUUAAUUUGGAAAGGAUUACAAUUUGUCUGCGGUUGAGAUCCAAGCUACUAAACCAUGGUUGGAGCGAAACGUUAGAGAUGAUGCUAUGACAGAAACGUCCUUUAGUUCCUGAAUUCCAUUUUGCUUGCCAUUUGUGCAUUGUUGUACGCCGAAUCGGAAACUGGAUGUCGAAUGAUGUUAAAAUAUAAUCUGCUGUACCACCAUUGAUGCACGCACUUUUCGCCUCUUGAUCUGCCAACUCGUUCAUUGGAAUACCUCUGUGAGACGGAACCCAUAUCAGAUGGAUUUCGUACCCCAUUCUUUGACCUUCAAGAAUGGAUUCUUUUAUAUCGUACCAAGCAACGGGAUAUUUUUGAUUGAUGUUGAUUUUUUGCAGGCUCGUGAGACAACUCAAACUAUCGGAUAGAAUAAUAUACUGAGCAACAGGAAGAUUUACGAUCAUUUUCGCAGCAUGCCUGAUUGCCAGAAGCUCUGCCAUAUAAACGGAUGCUUUACUGUCGAGUUUGAUCCCUUCUGCAGGUGUUCCAAAGUUAUUUACCACAGCAUAACCUGUGCCUUGAAUAUCUUUCGACCCGUCAGUUGCCAAGAUUUUCGCGUUGGCAUACACUUCCAAGAGAUAGUUUGACACCAAAUCAGCUGCCGAUGAGUUCUGGUGUUCUAAACAUAACCGUUUAACAGUGAGAUCAAUGGAUAUUUUUGUUCUUACAACUUCACGGUUGAACAUGUAGCAUGGGAGAUUAUUUAGAGGCUGUUCAAGUGGAAUGAAUUCGUUAAGCAUUCUUGUUGCGCGGUGUAUUCCCGUAGCCACUAAGCCACCGUCCAAGAUCGGUCUGGAAUAUUGUCGAUGCCAAGAAAGGAGUGACGCUCUUUUAUUUACAAAACGCAUGACCGCAAGUUCUCUUCUUUGUUGCAGCGGAAUAAUACCAGCCAUCACUUCGAGUGAACCUGUGUGGGUGGUUUUUGUGGAGCCCAAACAGAUUCGAAUUCCUGCCCAUUGUAGUCUAUCCAAAAUAAUGGCUUCUUUUUGUGAUAACUCCGUCAUAAAUAUGGAACCGUAUUCCAAUAUUGAUCUCACACAUGACUUAAAAAUAACUAACAAUGCUGCUGGAUGUGCUCCCCAUAACUGGCCCGAUAUGCUUCGUAAAAAGUUAAGAUACGGAGCUGUACGUUUCUGUACCUCUCUAAUAUGACACGACCACGACAGAUUUCGUGUGAGGUACAUGCCGAGUAACCUCAGGGAUCUGACGUAUUCCAAAGUGCAACCGCCGAUAUUUAUUUCUGGAGGAUUAUCGCAUUGUUGUGUCGAGAUCAGGAGGCACUUACAUUUCGUCGGCGAAAGUUCUAACCCAAGGUCGAAAAUAUUUUCCACAACUCUAUCCACUGCCCUUUGGAGAGAUUCGCAACUAUGCUCCAGUGAGGUUCCUCUUACAGCAAUUGUUGUGUCAUCGGCGUAAUUUACGGUUAUCACAUCAGGAGGGACACUGUUGAUCAAUCCACUGAUCACAACAUUAAAGCAUAACGGACUUAGUGGAGAUCCCUGAGGAAGGCCUUUCCACGUUGUCCUAGAUAUUGAAUCUAAUCCACUCGAAAUGCACAAAUUCCUUUCUUCAAACAGAUGGAAGAUACUUUUUACUAGACAUUCAGGGACUGUUAAUGAGCGUAAUUCGCGGACCAGAACAUUAAUUUCCACGUUGUCGUAGGCGGCUUUGAUAUCGAGGCUACAUAUCACCACAUGCUCUCUUCUUUUCAAAGCUAAGGAAGCUUCGUUAAUCAGUGGAAACAACGCAUCCAUUGUUCCUCGUCCUUUCCUAAAACCGUUGAUAGCUGAAGGGAACAGGUUGUUGUUUUCGAUGAAAUGUUCUAGUCGAUCUUUGAUUAUGAGUUCAUACACUUUGCGAAAACAUGAAGCUAACGCGAUUGGACGAACAGCAGAAGGAGAAAUCGGAUCAUGGCCACUUUUAGGAAUCGGUACAAUUUUAUAGGUUUUCCAGCUUUCCGGAAUUCUUCCUGAAGCAAAAAUUUGGCAAUAGAUUAUUCGCAACUGACUAAGCGCCGCCCAUGGGAGACGAUUUAUGACGGAAUAUGGAACACCAUCCAAACCAGGAGCCGAAUCUUUACCGGUUUUCAAAACAGCUUGAAUAUCCGAUACUGAGAAUGGAAAACCAGUUUGAGAGCAACACGAACAUUGUAGAAAAACCGGGGGUGGAUUUUUGGCAGAUGAGGGAGCCAACUUGUCCAAAACAUCGUUGGCCAAAUUGUCCGAAAUUCUGAUGUUUUUUGAUGGCUCUCCGCGUCCUUUGAACCUUCUGGCCAUCCUCCAUAAGGUUGUGAGGGACGUAGAACUAUCACAGCUAUCACAAAAAUGUUGCCAACUUUUCCUCUUCUUCUCGCGUACCAAAUUUCUGAACCUUCGUUCUGUAUUAGCGUACCCUUCGUAAGCUUCGGUUGACAGUUCCCGUUUCCAAGCGCGGAAAGCAACUCUGGUGGCUUUCUUCGCUUCUGUUAGCUCUUCGUCCCAAUAGGGUUGCGGUAUUCGGCGGGUGUGGUUCGAGUUUACUGAUGGGCAGGACCUGCGCAGUGCUUGCCAAAUCAGCUCAAAGAAGACAUCAAAGCUAUCCGGUUCUCCAUUUUCGACGAAUGAUUCCUCGAGGCUUCCGGCAAAACGUUCCCAGUCGAUUUUUCGAACAUUAAUUCCAGAGUAGAAUUUCAUCGCGCAUGUAGUACUCGAAUGAAAAACUAUCGGAAAAUGAUCGCUUCCAUUUGGUGAAUCCAAAACCUCCCAGUCGAAGCACAAACUAAGGCUCGAAGAAACCAGCGUGAUAUCAAUUGCGCCCCACGACCGGUUUACAUCAAACCUAGUUGGCUGACCGUUGUUGAGAAUGACGAGAUGAGAUGUUUCGAUGGCUUGAUGAAGACGGUCUCCACGUAUGUUUCCAUGCUCGCUUCCCCAUAGGUGAUGUUUUGCGUUAAAGUCUCCUCCAAUGAUGCACGGUUUCGGAACGGUUGAUAAAAAAUUUUCAAACUGAGUCUGCGAUAUGUUGGCUUGCGGGUGUAUGUACACAGAUACAAUAGUGAUCAACCCGGAGAUGUAUUUGAUCUGGCAGGCAACGGCUUGAAUAUCCGCUGGCAGUGCAAUAGGAAAUGCUACGGGAUUUAGUUCUGAACGAAUCGCGAUGGCUACGCCCAUCGAGUUUCGUCUGUGAUCUUUACGAAACAUGGUGUGCUGCGGUAGAUUAAAGUUUGUGUGACUGUCGAGAUGUGUUUCACUCAAAAGCGAAAUAUUGAUAUUAUGUGUAUUUAUGAGCUGGAUUAAGGAUGAGCGUUUACUAUUUAUCCCUCUACAAUUCCAUUGUAGACAUUGCAGAGGAACGGUGGUUGUUAAAGUGCUUGGUGUGGUCUUUUUCAUAAUCUGAGAUUAGCAAAAUAGCUUUUCAUUUUAUCACUAACAACAUCUGAAAUUCUCUCCAAAACCAUUUGCUGGAUUUUUUGUCGAGUUUCAAUAUCUUCCUCAGGAACUUCCAGAGCAUCUGCAACGAUAUCGAUGACCUCAGUAGAUUCAAUCGUCGAUCGGAUCGAAUCGCAAACCCCGUCAGAAAUGUUAACUUCAAGUUGGGGAAGCUCAUCGUCCGAAUCGACAUUAUAACGACGUUUGCUGGAAGGAUUAGAUCCAUUCUUGUCAGCAUUAUUUGUUUGGCAAGCUACUGCCACGGUGGAUAUUGUUGUUGGUUGAGAGAUGAUAGGUAGUGAGUUUGAUGAAUCAUUUGAAUUUGUUCCACAAAACCAAUCGACACGUCCUUGUGAAAAAGUGUCACGCCGCUCUUUAUCGGUUUUCUUUUUUUGAAUUAUUUUCGGACAUAGCUUGUGAUCAUUGGCCCGAUGGGAGCCUAAACAGUUAACGCACUGUGGCUCACUAUUUUCACACGCAUGAUCUUCGCCGCCCACUUGAUCCAAGCACUGAUUGCAGCGUUUAGCACUCUUGCAUCCUUUUUUGUCAUGUCCCAAGCGCCAGCAGUUACCACACUGGCGGACAGGAUAAAUGUAUUGCUUAACAGCAUAAAGCACUCUAUUUAACUCGAUGUGAGUAGGUAAAUUCUGCCCAGCGAAAGUAAAAAUCACCGUAAACAGGGCUUCCUCUUUAUCAUCAGCCAAUUUUCUAAGCACACGACGAGCAUGAACUAUCUCCGGGUUAUCAACUUGAUUCGACUUGCGUUUAUCGUAAGCAUUAGCAAACUUCAAUUCUUCAUCACAAAUAUCCGGCUCAAUAUAGGCUACCCCCAGACACUCCACCAGCCGUUGGGGGAUAAAAAAACGCACUUCAUUUGAGGUACCGAUGCCUGCUAUUUCAUUAGCAGCAUCCCUCGAUCGCAUCAAAAUUUUCAUUUUGGUUUUAGAAACCGGCAUAGCACGAAUAAAAUCGUCACCAAAUUUCUUCACCAGACUUUUAGCAAUCUUCGCAGCAGAUAUAUUCCCGACAUUUGUUUCAGCCAUAACGAGAUAUGGCCCAGCAUAAUUUUCGUGAUAUUUCCGUACUCGAACUUCAUUUUUCGAUGACCUUGGUGUAUCGUUGUGGGUCAUUGCACCGCUCGACAAUAGAGUGUGGAAGGAGAGAAGAAAAAUAAAUUAGAUUUCAAUUCAGCUCACACACACGAUGUGCAACGUAUCGUAGUUCAAACGAGACUGCACGCACAAUUUCUUUGUUUUUAACGCAUGUAUUGUGUCAAAAGUGUAAAUUGUAAGAAGCAUUUAGUUUGAUUACGUUAGAAACCGAAACUGAAAGUAACCGAUUACUUGAGGCUGUUUGCCGGGAAUCAUCAUUUUGUCAGUCAACGCACUUUGUUAAAAUUUGUACAACAUUUGCGGGAAAGAUUUCACAAAAUGUAUUCUCUCAAAAUCCAAAAUAUGGUUUUGACAGCUCGUUACAUGGACAAUAUUAAAAAGAACAGUUUCCGUGUUGUUAGAUAGUUUUUCCUUAAGAAAACAUUAUCGAUACUCGAAAAAGUCGAGUGGGCGGUAAUAGGGCCAGUUGAACACCUUAACGUUUAGUUAAUUAUUUUUAAAAGCGUAUAUUUUUCGCAUUCCACUAAAUUUUUUUUUCAAAGUAGAGCAGUUUUGAGAUGUAUUAGAAAAGAAAGCGAAUAAAAAUCUGCCGUCGUUUUUUUAUUACACAUGUUUGAAGUUGAAAAACCGCUUAACUGGGCGGUAGAUGGUGACAUGAUGGUAUCAUUUUAAUAGAACUAAUAGUUCAAGUUGAUUGAGAGUAACAUUUCUUACAGCAAACUGGAAGUUGGAAAAAUUUGUGUGUGAUUUUUUUCAUAAAAUCUGAAAGCAUACAGAAACGAGUUUCUAUGCAAACCUGUCAUAAGCCUAAGGUUUUUCUUUCUUUGAAAGCUGGUAUUAUGUCUGUUUUAAAAAUUUUAGUAAAGUACUCUAGCUAUUUAUUUUAGUCAUCUAAAUAAAUCAGGGUGUUACAAUUUUUGUUUUUUUUUUAUGGACAUAUUAUGUACAAUUCAAUUGAAAGGAAGCAUUGUUUUAUUUGCAUAAGUUCAGAACAAUGUAUUUAUGUUUAGGUACUUGUUUGUUCAAUUUUAAAAAGGCAGUUCCAGCAAAAAAAGUGAAAAUGACCCAAAAGUCACAUGAAACACUUUUGCGUAGAACGGCAGUGUAGUACUAGCAAAAACUGCUGCAACGUUCUAAUCGAGCCUUUGUUAGCUAAGUAUGCCUUUUGUUCAACCAUUCAAUUAUUGCAGCGAUUUACGAGAUUUUUUAACGAAAUUUGAAAAAUAGUUUAAUCCACAUAGGAGAACCCAAAUCAUAAAAUGAUGCUUUUCGUAAAACCUUCCCUUUAACCAGUGAUCCGGAUAUGUUCGUCCUAAGAAAUGUUAAUUUUAAACUGUAAUUUUUGUUUUAUUCUGCCGCUUAUUACAUGGUUACUUAUAUAAUACAAUGUUGAUAGUUUAAACUUAUUUCCUUCUCUCUUUUUACGUUUUCAUGUGAUAUGUUUCCAAUAAAUAAUUCGCCAUAUUUAACAGUCUAUACAUUUUAUCAUUUCAUGAUAACAUUAUGAUAAGAUUUCACCUAGGUUGCAAUCAAUUGACACAGCGUUUUGAAGAAUCGGUGUAUUUUUCUAGUGUUUUAUAUUGCGUUCAGAUAAACCAAUAACACAAGAAUAGAAAACGACCUCGGUGUUUCAGAUUUGAGAAAAUUAUAUUUAAACUAUACAAACUGUAUCUUCAGGGGGCCAUUUGCAAAUUGUAUCAUUAUGUUUUUGAGCAACAAACAGUAGAUGAAGAUUAUGUUUAUGCAAUUCUUUUGAAAUUGUCAUUGAUUUAUGUUCCGGUUUGUGAGCUUGUAUUUUUUCUGUACAUGUAUCGCUUCUUUUGGAUUUUUAUUCCUCCGUUUGAUCUGCAAAAGAAAGGUUUCUUUUAGUUUUGUAUUCAAGCAUAUUUUCCUAGAUAAAUACCUAUCCACUUUUUGCCACGAACACCCAAAAAUCCACUGGGAGCUCGCUUCGGUGGAGAUAGGUUGCUUUCCAGAGCAUCGGCAAUCGGAUAAAAUGAUCCCCGGACUGAGUCUACUGAGCCCGGGUACAGGAAGCUGUCAGACAUCUGUGAACGAAAGGAAAAUCCAACUUAGAUAUGCAAAGUUUUGUUCAGAUAAUCUAUAAUAGUAAGUAACAUAUAAAAAACUCAAACUCAUCCGAACUUCCAUGCAUAUUUCCAUAUUAUUAUUGAAACUGCCAUACAAAAAAUCAUUCUCAUCAACUUGGAAAUUUCAUCAUUUGUUUUGUUCAGAUCAUCAACGUCAUUUUCAAAAGACACUUUUAUAAAAGCAUGAGUCAAAUUAAAAAUACAAAUAUAUUCAUAAUAUCUAGCAAAAUAGAAAUUGCAAUCGUGUUUUAAAACUAUUGAAUGAUUUACAAAUGGGUAAAAGAGUUAACUUUAUUUUUGUUUAAGAGAAUAGAUUACUAGAAUUAACUUUUUGGUGGCUCCAGAGAGUACAUUGUCUCCAAUCUAACGAAACUAAUUCAUCUUAAUUGAGGCAACGGUUCAGUCCUUAUUUUGAUAACUCACUGUCAAAAUGAAAGCAUUAAAAGAACAUAUAAGAACAUCAUAAACAGGUAUCAGUUUUUAAAAUGAGGUCUACAAUACCGUUCAUAAUUCUAGAGAAACGGAAACACGCAAACUGUCACUUUAACUUUCAACUUCCAUGACACAUGAUGAUGUUUUUUUUUCGUCACAUUAUCAGGCUAUUAUUUCACAAAAUUUGAGCUUCCUAAGACCUAAGAUACAGUAAUUUCUACAGAAAUCGAACUUUUUUAUCUUUUAAAAUUCAAACUGCUAUAUCUCAGAAACUAAACAACGUCUUUUAUUGAGAUUUCACAGAAUGAUUUUUGGAAUAUAAAGCUAACAUGUUUUGAAGUUUUCUAUCAAUAGAAUAAAAAGUUCAGCGAGGCACAAUAUUUUGGGGUUGGACCAAAAAAAUACGAUUUCUAUCAGAGUAUUUGAAUUACCGUAAUCAUGCGUAAACGUACCCCAACCACCUGAAUGACAACACCAGUUUUGAACUUUAUGCUCUUAAUAACAAUUUUUCUAGUUGGAGUCAUAAUCAAACGCCAUCAUCAAGAAAUACCAAACACAAAAUACGCCGAAUUUUAAGUCAUAACUUAUUCAUUUUAAACUA